CACCGGAGGAUUGUGGGUGUGGGUCACACGUGAGGCUUCGGGAGACUCUGAGGCGUAUUUGGUUUCUUCACAGGUUGUUUAGUAUUAACAUUUAAAAAUGUCAUCCAAACAAGAAAUAAUGAGUGACCAGCGGUUUAGGAGAGUUGCAAAGGACCCAAGAUUUUGGGAAAUGCCAGAAAAGGAUCGAAAAGUCAAAAUUGACAAGAGAUUUCGAGCCAUGUUUCAUGACAAAAAGUUCAAGUUGAAUUAUGCUGUGGAUAAAAGAGGACGCCCCAUCAACCACAGUACAACAGAGGACUUGAAACGUUUCUAUGACCUUUCAGAUUCUGAUUCUGAUCUCUCUGAUGAAGAUAGCAAAACUUUAAGCCAAGAGAAAGCAAAGAAGAAAAAGCCUCAGACUAAAAAAGAAAUAGAUUCCAAAACUCUUGUUGAGAAGAAAAAGAAAAAAACCAAGAAAAUUAAUCAAAAGGAUUCUGUAACUGAAAAUGAUGUAAAUAAUUCUGAAGGAAUUCAGAAAAUGAAAAAUUCACAUAAAUCUAAGAUAGAUUCAAAAAUAAGUCUUAAGAAGAAUAGUGAAGAAUCUGUAAGAAAGAGUACUAAAGAGAAAAAUACUAUUCAGCAUAGUAGAGACUCUUACUCCAAAGGAAAACUGAGGACAGUAGACUCAGGUGCAUCAGAAUCUGUGACAUCUCCCAAGAUCAAGUGUACCAAGACAAGAUCAGUGGUUCCACAUAUAAUGGCAAGAGACAGUGAUUGUUUUGAAAACUCAAGAAAUGGUAAAAUGUUUGAAGGAGAUGACUUGGAGGAAGAUUCAGAAAGUGCUAGUGAAAUGAGAAGUGAUGAGGAAUCUGAAGAUGAAUUCUCAGGUGUUGUUAGAACUUCAGCUGAUGAUGAUGAUGAUGAUGAUACUUUAGCUGAUGAUUAUGAUGAUAGUGAUGAUGAGGAAGAUGAUGAGGAAGAUGAAGAAGAGGACAGUGAAGAGGAUAAUGAAAGUGACAGUGGCCCUGAUCUUGCACGAGGUAAAGGAAACAUAGAAACUAGUUCUGAAGAUGAAGAUGAUUUGCCAGAUUUAUUUCCAGAAGAACCUACUUUUGAGCAUGCUUGGAGAGAAUUAGAUAAAGAUGCUCCUCGGGCUGAUGAGAUUACACAUCGAUUAGCAGUUUGCAACAUGGACUGGGAUCGAUUAAAAGCAAAAGAUUUGCUGGCUUUGUUUAAUUCAUUUAAACCUAAAGGAGGUGUUGUAUUUUCUGUAAAGAUAUAUCCUUCAGAGUUUGGGAAGGAGAGGAUGAAGGAAGAGCAAGUUCAAGGACCAGUGGAGUUACUAAGUAUUCCCGAAGAUGCCCCUGAAAAGGAUUGGUAUUGUAUCACUGUAAAAUGUAAAACUGAGCUUCAUAAAAUCAUGUCACUAAUUUAG